AUGUACAAUUUAAUAUUUUUUAGACUUCGCAAGACAGAAAUCAAACAAAAAGAGCCAGAAGAGAAAGAAAUGACCGAGGCCGAAGCUGCAAUGUUAGCAGCUAAGAAACGUCACGAAGAGGAAGAAGAGGCUAAGAUGCGUGACAAUGACGAGCGUCGUCGUCAAGAAAUGGUUGCCGUUGAACAAGAAUUGCAAGAAUUAAAAGAACGUCAAAUACAACGAAAAGCUGAACGAGAACAAGAAGAACGUGAAUUAGCUGAACGUAGACGUCAAGAUGAAGAACGCCGUCGUCAAGCAGAAGAGGAGCGUAAAGCAAGAAUUGAAGCUGAAAAAGCACGAAGAGAAGAAGAAAAGAGAAAGAGGCAAUUAAUGAUGGCUGGCUCUUUUGGAGGUGUUGUUCAAGCUGAGGGAGAAGGAGGAAAGAAUUUUGUUAUUCCUGAAAAGGGUGCUGGUGGUGGUCAAGCACCUGGAUUGCCUGGACAGGCGAGCAAACCACGGGGACUAUCAAAAGAACAACAGGAAGAAGCUAAGCGUAAUUAUAUGGCUAUUGUUAACCGUCCAGUUGAUGUCUCCAAUAUGUUGCCAAACGAUAUUAAGGCUAAAAUUAAGCAAUUAUAUUCACGUAUUGUGAAAUUGGAAGGAGAAAAGUAUGACUUGGAGAAACGCAAAGGACGUCAAGAAUAUGAUUUGAAGGAGCUUAGUGAACGUCAAAAACAAGCAGCACGUCAAAAAGCUUUGAAUACUGGUGUUGACCCGACAGAAGUUGAAAACACAAACUUCCCUCCAAAAAUCCGAGUAGCUUCCAAAUUCGACCGACAAACUGAUCGCCGGGAUUAUGUUGAACGCCGUGACUUAUUCGAGAAACCACCACCAGAAUUAAUUCCAACAAUUGCCCACGGAAGUGGACGUCCCCCAUCAGAAUGGGGACGAAAAGAAUUUGAAGAGUUGGAACAAAUCCGAAAGAAUUUAGAACCUCCAAAAUAUGUGGAGCAAGUUAAAGCUGAGGGAGAUGCUGCACGUCCACCUGUGCCUGUUAUUCCUUUACAAGUUCCUGCUGAGGCGUUUAUUAAUGCAAAUGAAGCACCAAUUGAAGCUGCUCCUGAACCUCCCGCAAAGCCUUCCCGCCGGAUUGCUGCUAAAUGA